AUGAAGGUAUCUAUCAACGACGUCGUCCUACCGGGUGAUUAUUGUGAGGAUAUUACUGAAGCUGGUGAAAAAUCAAAAGUAAUUAUUGGACCAGGGUUAAGAAAAGAAGUUGACCGAGUUUACAUUACAAAAGCUGGUGUUUUAAAGAAACGAAAUCCUGGUACAUAUUGGGUAGAUAGCUACCAGAAACGUUAUGUUCCAUCUAGAGGAGAAAAUGUUAUAGGUGUCGUAGUCCAAAAAGCAGGAGAUAUAUUUCGCGUUGAUGUUGGAGGAAGUAUUACGGCUGCCUUAUCAUACUUAUCUUUUGAAGGAGCAACAAAAAAGAACAGGCCUGAAGUAGAGGUUGGAGAUGUGGUGUAUGCUAAAAUGUUAGUAGCGAGCAAAGACAUGGAGCCUGAACUAGUAUGUGUCGAUUCACACGGAAAGAAGGGUCGAUUAGGUGUCUUGAGUGACGGAUUUUUAUUCAAAUGUUCAUUAAAUCUUAUUAGAAAGAUUUUAAAUCCAAAUUGUCCAUUACUUCCAUCAUUAAAGAAUGAAUGGCCCUUUGAGGUAGCAGCAGGCAUGAAUGGAAGAAUAUGGAUAAAAGCUAAAUCCAUGAGAGAGACAAUUGCUGUUGGAAAUGCUAUUUUAGGUGCUGAAUAUUUGAAUGAUAAAGAAAUUAAAAGUAUGUGUAAUAAUAUAGCUGCUAUUUUAGCCGGACAUAUAUCA